AAUGAGAUCAAAUCCUCGUUAACAAUCAAAAAAAGAAUCGAAGAAUGUUUAAUAGCCUCCUCCACCACCUCCUCCUCCAUAAAAACCAGUUUAAGAGGAUAAAUAAUUCAAUCCAGAUAUAUAUGUGAGAUAAAAUUUAAGUCGAGAUGAAGUUAUUGAAUUAAAGGUUAAUAAUUAUAGAAAUUUAUCUAUAUUUAGAAAGCUUUUGAUUUAUUUGAUGAUGAUGGAAGUGGUACAAUUGAUCCAUCUGAAUUAAAGGGGGCUUUUGAAGAAUUAGGACUCAGAGCUCAAAAUAAAAUGAUUUAUUAGGUUUUAGGAGAAAUUGAUCAAGACAAUUAAGGAGGAUUUUCAUUUGAUAAUUUUAUUAAAUUGGCUACAGUUAAAUAAAACUUAAAAGAGACAAGAAGUUCUUUAAUGAGAACUUUUAAUUUGUUUGAUCUAAAUCGUGAAGGUAUAUCUUAUUGAGUGAGUAUAGGUAGAAUUACUUGGGAUGAAUUGAAAAGAGUCUCAGUUGAUCUAGGAGAUGAUUUAAAUGAUGAGGAAAUAAAAAAAAUAUUUAGAAAAGCUGAUCUUGAUGAUGAUGGUUUUGUAACCUUUGAAAAUUUCUAUAAUAUGAUGACUGGAAGAGUCUAUUAUGAUUGAA